CGAUACCACCUUAGCUUAGGAUAUUGGUAGAGUCAAUGGAGCGAGUGAUCAGCUUUAAGAUAUAAAGAGUGCCCGUCUUGGCCGCUUAUUUCCCCUUCCCAAUAUGUACUGUACGCAAACCCACCAGGCUCACAGCGGUAACGGGAUCUCAGCUCUAGAGUCACCAUGCGACACGGCCCCUUCACACUCAUUUGGGUUGCAUUCCUGGCCGCAUGCAGUGCCAAUGCCGCCUCUUCCAAUCCCACCGUCACUCUGCCAGCGGAAUCCAGGGCCAGAAGCAAGACCACUUUCGUAGGGCGCUUCCUCCCUUCCUUCGACCAGGAGGUGUUUCUAGGGAUCAAAUAUGCAGAUCAACCACCGCGGUUUAGUCGCUCAGCCUUGAAGACGGCCUACUACUCGUCGAAUGACAGCGAUGCCGGUUCGUUAAGGUCUCCGUCUGCCACGGUCUCCUACAAUGCGACACAAUACGGAUACGACUGUCCUGGUUAUGGAUCCGAUACGACCAAGCUUCUGGGGAUGGGGCUGAUGCGGAUGAGCGAGGAUUGCCUGAACCUGAAUAUCAUCCGGCCAAGGAGGGAGGCGGGGGGUAAGGGGCUGCUGCCGGUCAUGGUGUGGAUCUUUGGUGGCGGGUGGCAGCAGGGCGCCACGGCCGAUCCAAGAUACAACAUGAGCUAUAUCAUCCGGCAGGCAGCUGUCAACAACAAACCCAUCCUCGGAGUCUCGAUCAAUUACCGCCUUGCUGCGUUUGGAUUCCUAGAUUCGAAGGAAGUUCGGUCCGCUGGAGUCAAUAACCUCGGUCUCCUCGACCAGCGGGUUGCUCUGCACUGGAUCAAGAAGAACAUCGCGGAGUUUGGAGGAGAUCCGGACAGGGUCACGAUAUGGGGAGAAUCUGCCGGCGCAUACAGCGUCGGAGCCCACUUGGUGGCAAACAAUGGCGAUAACGAAGAUCUCUUCAAAGCUGCGAUUAUGGACUCCGGGAACGCGGUCGGUCCUCCUUGGAACGGCACGAACUGGCAUCAGCCAAUGUACGACCGGAUUGUGAGCAAGGCAGGGUGCGCCAACUCAUCGGACACGCUCCAGUACCUGCGCGAGCUUCCCUUUGAGUCGCUGUAUGCUGUGGCAUAUGAAGGCCUAGAGUGGUUUGCUACUGUCGACGGGGAAUUCAUUACAGAGUAUCCCCAGCUCAGCAUCACACGCGGCCGAUUCGCCAGGGUCCCUAUCCUCCUAGGCACAACUACGGAUGAGGGGACAAGCUUCGGCACGACGGGUGUCGACACAGACGAGGAGUGCAUCGAGCAGCUAACCGCAUCCAAGCGCUGGGUUCUGACCCGCGAGCAAGCCACAAGACUCCUGACAUACUAUCCCAACGACCCAGCAGUCGGAUGCCCCUAUGGCUGGGGCAACACCACCUGGCCCGAGAAGGGGUUGAUGUACAAGCGGUACUCGGCCAUGGCCGGCGAUCUCACCAUGACAGCACCGCGCCGGCUCCUGGCGCAAGCCAUGGCACAAGCCAACAAGCCGGUGUAUUCGUACCGAUGGGAUGUUGCCGCCCUCAACUCGUCGACCACCAUUGGCGUGCAGCACUUCGCGGAGAUCCCAUUCGUCUUUGCGAACCCGGUCCAGGACAUCACCCCGCUAGGAGGACACGACCCGGCUCGUCUGCGGCUGGCGAACCUGGCGGCGCGCAUGUGGGCCUCGUUUGUGGCCGACCUGGAUCCGAACGGACACGGAGUGACUGGGAUUCCGAAAUGGCCGCGGUACGCGUCACCUCGGUCACCGUCGGCUCCGAAGGCUGCUUCGAAUUUCGUCUUCCGUCUUCCGAGCAGCGAGAGCUAUGUGGAGAAGGAUGAUUACCGCGUGAAGGCGAUGGAGUAUAUCAACUCCAUUCCAAGGUAGCCAAGGAAGUUCGCUGUAGAUUGGUCAGAUAAUUCAUAAGAAGGGGGAGUGAAUAGUUGGGUUAGAUGUUGAAAUACUAUAUAAGCAGAACACCUGCUAUAUAUAUGUCCC